GUGGGUGGUUGUGCGAUAGUUUCAGUGAUCGAUUUAUUUGUUUCUGCUUCCUAAAAUCUCGUCGAAAUGCCGGACAAUAAUGACAAUAGCAAUGGGAAGACAUUUAAAGAAAGGAAAAGUUUCUGUACCCGAAAAGAAGAAGUUGCAGGAAUCCGAGCAAAAUUUCCAACAAAAGUUCCAGUCAUAGUAGAACGAUACCACAAAGAAACACAGCUUCCGAUUUUAGACAAAACAAAAUUUUUAGUGCCACAAGAACUCACAAUGUCACAGUUCGUCACGAUAAUCAGGAAUCGAAUGUCUCUCAAUGCCAAUCAAGCUUUUUACCUUAUCGUAAACAACAAAAGUGUAGCAAGUAUGUCAACAACGUUAGCGGAGGUUUACAAGGAUGACCGUGAUGAGGACGGGUUUCUUUAUAUGACUUAUGCAUCACAAGAAAUGUUUGGUUGACCGAAAAAGAUUUGGACAAAUUUGUGCAUUCAGCGAUUGGAACAAAUGUGGAUGGAAAGGAUCUCGUAUGUUUGUGUAUGAUCGUCAUACGUACACUUUGACAGAAAGUGAUGCAUCCUUGUAAUUUAUUUCGUGGAGGGUUUUUGUCAAGUUUUUAUCCGUCUUCUCUGUCGUCGGUGAAGCGGCGAUGGAAAAUCCUAAAUCUGCUGGUCAUGUUCAGUUCAAUCCCAUGUUGAACUUAAACCUGGUCUGUAAUGAGAAGCCAUUCAUUGUGGAGGUCACAGGUUGUGACAUGGAUCGAGAGAACGCUGCAUGGUUCUGGAAAAAAAGAUUGAGAGGCAAUUUCCCUGAUAAACGUGUCGGGUUGAAUUCAUGUCAGUUGGACAUUGUCAAUGCAAAAUACUCUGCUUCUGAUUCAUUUCAGUUUCUUUUUGUGAAAGAAAAUGAAUAAUGUGCAAUAAGGGGUUGGGAUAAGGUAGCUUCUGUAUUAGUGUAUCAAACAUUAUACAGUGGAACCUCCCUUAGCAGACUCCUCUCUACUAAGGACAACCUCUCUAUUAAGGACACUACUUUUGGUUCAAAAUUUGUUGUUUCCAUUCGAUUUGACCGCUCUAAUCAGGACACCUCUCUAUUAAAGACAGCGCUUGUCAGUCCCGAGGCUGUCCUUAAUAGAGAGGUUCUACUCUGCCAAGAUUUUGGUCAACAUUUAUGUUGUAGCAACAUUGCUGACUGGAGGUUGCAGUGACGCGCCAGUGACACAAAUUUAUGGAUGAUCAUUGUGAAUUUGGACUGCAUAUUCUGUCUUAUUCUGCCAUUGAAUGUAGUUGAAAUAAAAAAAGGAUGAUUAGAUAAUAAUUGUUCAUAACACUGGCAAUAUUUUGACUGUGCAGGGAUUAAAUUUAUCAUAUCUAAUGCCUUUAAGCCAGGCUAAUACUGAUACAAACUAGAUAUUGAUAACCUUAUAACAGGUUGGGUCAUUUUUAGUUGGAAAAAACUUGCAGUUAGAGUGUAUUUUGACUCCUAGCAGUUCUGGCAUAGAACUGUCACUUGCUUUGGUGAAGACUACAUACUUGUUACAUGUAUGUGAUUUGGUCAUGUCAUCAUCAAACCUGGGGGCUGGGGGGGGGGGGUCUGGGGAGUGUUAUAGUGUAUCCAUCCGGCCAUUGACUUUUGUCUGCUAUGAAUGACUUAUUUAAAAACAGACAGAACGCCAUGGUUGCAAGUGUGAGAAUGAAUUCACCUUGUUCAAAUACGUCAAGAGGUUUUCAGCUGGGGAUACAAUUCAUUUGUUGUCAUGUACCCUAAGUUUGUAGAAACAUACUAUGGCUAAUAUUUAUAAAGACUAGUAAGUGCUUUUACUACAGUUUUCUACAGAGAUGGCUAGUGUAAAUGUACAUGAAGUUUAAAGUAAAAGUAUGUACUAGUCUUUUAUAAAUAUCAGUCAUUGUGAGGAAUAGAUAUUCUGUAUGUGUACUCUAGGCCUGAUACUGUAUGUUGCAAUGCUUUGAAAUGCAUGUAAAUCCUAUUGAUUUCUUGGUUUCAUUCUGUAUCUAAAGCCCUGAAGCUCUUGAGCAGGUGUUGAAUAUUAGGAUAUGUAAAUGUUCUCACUUCCCUCCACUUCAGGACCACAAUUGGUGUGAUCUACAUAAUGUAAGUUGAUAGUAGAAUGUUCCCCAGAGAAAAUUUACCAUCCUGUUGUUCGGUAACUGUAAGGGCAUGGCUAUAGAUACCAAUGGUCAUUGAUUUCAUCUAUAGAAUAUUUUGCUCUGUAGAUCCUUCUUCCUGGAAACAGACUAAGUAAAUUGUCAUCUUUUAUGAACUGCAAAUCAUUUGUUAUUUCUGCCUUCUGAUUAUGACCAUUGCUGUUUCAAUUGACAACUGGGCUGAAACAUGCACAUGUAAACCUGCACCAAUGACCUGAUCGAUUUUUAAAACCAAUGGCUGAAUCAUCGGCCUGUUUUGAAACGCAGAUGUGCCAUCAAUCAUCUGACCCUGAGUCAUCUGAGGUGGCCUGGAAUUUGUAUUUUUUUUAUUUCUUGGAUAAUGUGGAGGUUUUGCAGGCAUACUUUUUAUGUUCAUUAUUUCCUAUUUGGAAUUGUAACAAUUGCAGAUCUAGGAAAUAAACCCAUAACUGAGUCAAUAAAAUUAUAGGUGAAUCUGUUCAUUCCAGUGGAAAGAGCGGGUUUUGGUUAAAAAAUUAAUCACUCACACACAGCAAUCCAUUUGUGCCUUAGACAAAACCGUGGAGAAGUAACAUGUAAGCUUGCAAAAACGCCCGUAUAUUCUGUAUAAAAGUUUGUUUUAACAAUGAAAAUAUGAAUUUGGUACGGAGGGGACCAUCCACUAUAUAAGUAGUCAAUGAUAGUUGUCUUGAGAUUGUUCGGUUUUGUUCUUUAAAUCAAAGACAUCUGAAUCCGUUUUAUUGUUUUCAUUAUUUCAAUUGCAAUGAGUUUAGAUAUUCUAGUUCAUUUGUCAUCAGUUCAUCACAGUUCAAUAUUUUUAUUUAUUUACAACUUUGUUCAAACUACCUUUGUCAGAUGUAGGGUGUACUGUUCAAUCGGUCAGGAGCUGUCACCACUUUCUUGGUGGCAGCAUAAUGGGUGAUAUGAAUAAAGACUAGUAAAUGCUUUUACUUCAGUUUUGUACAGAAAGGCCUAGUGUAAAUGUACAUGGGGUUUUCAGUAAAAGCAAUUGCUAGUCUUUAUUCAUAUCACCCAAUGUCUGAAACGGCUCCUGACUGGUUUAACAGUAGUGUAGCCUCAAGACUGACUUCUUAGCAGGGGGUCUUGGUUAAUUUUCAUGUCUUUAUUAUAUCAUAUGGCUAUUUUGUGUUUAGAAAUAUGUGUAAAAUCAGAUGUAUGCUACCUUCAAGUUAAAUCACAUUUUCUCUUUUGAAAUCACAUUUUGCUGGAGUUAUACUAUUAAAAAGAAUGAUACAUGAGAGUAUCAUCCAGGCUCCCUCUGCUUUGUAUCACUAAUUUCUCAUAUACAAAGAAGCAGUCUUGUAAUAUCAAACACUUGGUGGGUCAAGGCCAUAGGUAUAGGCCAGACUGUGCAUUGGGGAUUGUGAAUGCAAGGUAUAAUAAAAUUCUUCUUCACUUGCGCAAUUGGGGCUUAAGUGACUGAUUUCAAUUGUAAAGUAACGUGAAACUUCUCAAACAAUUGAGUUUGAUUUCGUCAUGGACGGGUCAUAGCACGAUCAUUGUUAGGGGUCAAGUGUGUCCUGGAAAACAUCCUUAAUCCAAAUGUCACCUUAAAUUAUCUUGCUGACCCGAGAUGUUCCACUUUGACUUUUUACCUUUGACAUUAUAAUGAGUCGCUGAUCACUGACGACAAAUAAGUUCAUUUGAGGGCAGGCAUUUCAAAACUAUAGUUUCACUUUUGUGUGGACCUGUAAGGUUACAUAUCUGAAAAUCAUUGCAGGCCACAAUUAGCCUGUUCUUCACCAAAUGUAAUGGAGAUGAAAUCUGAGAAAGAUGUCUUUGUAAAUGAUAAUUGGACAUUUCCAAACGCAGAAUGAAACUGCUAUGAGCUUGAGGUAUGUGCUGAAACAUUUUGACACAAAUGGUAUUGGCAGCUACAAAGGUGGAGGGGGGGGCCUUCAUUAUGGCCAUAAAAUGUGAUAGAUGGAUGGUGUACAAAGUCAAGAAAAAUGUCAAUGAAUCACUUCCAGUAUUUUUCCCAAUCAAUUGUUUCAUUAUCUGGCACAGCCUGAUAUCGGAUUUACUGACCGUAAAUCAAGCCUGCAUUGAAAGCCCAGGCCUGCUCUACAACACAUGAUGCACAGGAUUGCAGCCUUUAUGUUUAACAACAGUCGUCUAAAUCCACAGUGUGAUCUGUAUUGUUUCAUAUUGAUCAUGUUCAGGUGAUUGUAGUAUUGUAGUAAUGAUGAUAGCGCCAUAUGUGCAGUAUUUAUCAAUGGGUGGGAACGAUGUUAUGGAGAGUAGACCAACAAGAAUUUUUCUCAAUGAAAAAAGGGUAUGAUAAGGGGGUGAAUAAAUCAUGUAACUGAACAAUUGGAUGAUAUUAGUAUUACAAACUGUGAUAAAUGAAUGUCAUGUACUUUAUUAAGUCCCAUGUCAAUAAAUAAAGUAUUUUCUUACAA